AUGCUUCUUUUGGUGUUUGUUUUAUUGCCAGGAUUGAUAUUUGCUGAUCGGCAAAUUACUUUAACAAACGAUUCUGCUUCGUACGUAGCUUAUGGAGAGAAACUGUUGAAUUAUCAGACGCUCACCGUUUCACUCAAUUGCCCGGAUUGCCAAAUUUACGUUGAAUUCGAGGUCUCCGAUGUUAACAACACCAUUUUCUCUUUCACUUCGCCAACCCAGAAUUACACUUAUGAUCAAGUCACUUCAUCAGUUUGGUUUAUCAUUCCUGGACCGAUCAGCUUGCUUACAAGUCUUGGUGUUGAUGGAACGACUCCAACUUUCCUUGCUUCUUUCCGGUUAUGGAACGGCGUGAAUGGAGAAACUGAUUGGCAGCCAACGAAUCUUCAAUUGAUCCCCGGUCAAAAUGGGGCUAUGAAUACGGUUCCACUCGAGAAUGGGAUUAGAAGUGUGACGCUGGUGAUGGGCAGGGCUAGCUAUGCGAAUGUGAAACUCUUUGCCCCGACGGUUUCUCCGAAUUGCUCAAUUUCCGUUUUGGCCGGUCACAUUCCGAGUUAUUCAGCCAGAGAUCGGCUCAAGAUCUAUGAAUUCACAAAUGACAACAUUCCCAUGUAUCAAUCGAGCUACGUCAGGACAUCAGCAUUCACUCUUUUGAUCCAGGAGAAUUGCACGGCCAGGAUUAUGUACUCUGUUUUAGAUAAAGCCACAAUCAUUGUUGAUUCCUAUAAACCAUCGAAUGGGUUCAGCAUGAGUUACGAAUAUUUGGAGCCGUUUGGAGAGACUGAGAAUUUCACCGAGUCAAUGGGUCACACGGGAAUAAGCUUGAAUGAAACAUAUCCAUUCCUCCCGAUUGUGUUCACAGUGAAAGACGCGAUGCUAAGCAAUGGUGGCUACCUGAACUUCCAAACAACCGACUACUCGGGGAAUCAAAUGGCUGCUAGCAACGUGAGCACCUCGAUCAGCGGCUACAUUUUGGGCGACAUGUGGGGACAAACGUUCAAAAUUAUCUGGAAUCCUUCAACAACCCAGCAGAAAAAGGGCUACUUGGUUUGGUACACGAUAAGAAAUGAGACGAUGUCAACAACAACGAGUACGGUGCAAAGCAGUAUUGGUACGACGACGACUACAACUAUGUCGACAACCACAACAACAAUGAGAACUGCCUCCACAUCAAACGUGACCACUCAAACUCCAGCAACUGUCCCUUCUUCAGCAAAUACAGCAAUGACUGUCUCAAUCACGAUCCCAAUUUCCCCAGUUACUUCAAACGAAACAACUCCCACUGCGCUUCCAAGCUUCGAUUUUUCAUUUCGCUCAUCACAAAUGGCUCAGCGAGUUCUCCUUGCUCUUUUCUGUUUGGCUGUUGGGAUUUAUGCCGCUAAGUCGUCUAAGAAUUUGAGCUUGGAUUCGGACAGCGGCGAGGAUCUCCCUGGAGAUGCUUUGUGCAAGUAUUGGAAGAGCGUCAAGGAGGUCAACAACGAGACAUUCCCGUUGAUUCCCGAAAAGGGACGAGAAAAAUUGCGAAAAGAUUUGCCGAAAAUUCGCAAAUACUAUUGCUCAGGCAAAACGGUCGAUGUGCUCAAUGAAGUGAUUCCAAUUCUCGACCGGUGCAACAAAACGGUUUUGGAGGAAACCUGGAACGUCACCUGUUUCCAGCCAAACUGGCUCGAUAUGAUUGUCGAUUGUCGUGAAGUGGCCGCCUACUUCAAUUGCCGGGCAAGCUAUGGUGGAGCUGUUUGCGGAGGAGCCAAGGAGAUCAUCGCUUUCGCCAAAUACUUCAACGUUCAGUUCUCGUUCCCCAGCGGCGAUGUGUGCCGAGAUGAGCUAAUCUCUGUGAUGCAAAAAGUGGAGAAAGUCUGGAGUGACAAGGAGGAGGAAACACCAAAGCCUUCGAAUGGCACUGUCUCUCUCCAACCCCCAAAAGCUCUGAAGAAGAAAAAC